CUGCGGUGUGUCACCACCAGUUUAAGCCACACGAAGCCUACACUGGGAGGAACAGCUGUUACAGGGGGCAUGGAACAUACGAUGUAAUAUCUGACUUGACUGAUUUGGGAUACUUUGUCCGGGGAUAUAUAAAUUCGUUGUCCUUAGGACAGCUUUAUUGGACCAUAUCAGGCCAUGGAGAAAGUUACCGUCGUCGUCGUCGUCGCCACAGUGUUAUCACUUUGUUCUGUCGACGUUCUAUCUGUGACGACUGUCGUCACUCCUGUCUCAAGUACCACCGACGUCAGCGCUAUCCCCAUCGCUACCACCGCUGUCACCCCUGUGACCACCGACUUCAUUACUGACGCCAGUAAUAUUACUGACGCCAUUACUGACGUCAGCAACAUCACAGAUACUGCCAACCACACCGUCACCGAUGCCCCACCCGUGGAACGGAUGCCAGCCUGGUCCAGGUGUUUAGCAGAAGCAGCUGGGAACAGUACUGCUGACGAGUCCACCAUUGUCGCCAUCUUGAUCUCAUGGUGCAGGGGUUACAAGAAGAUCAUACCGUGUCUGGCUAAGGGGAUCCCUCGACAGGCUGCAAAGAACCCUCUUGACUUCUUCAUCGCUUUGAACUUCAACCCUUCGACCUUGAAGAAAAGGAGCAAAGACAUUUGCCGCGAACUUCCAGUAUUAGCUGGUCGCAUCUUAUGCGCCAUCAACAGCAGCCAGACCGAUGCGGGACGUUGCACACGACGGUUCAGCGUAUCACUACGUCACAUGUACGCAGCGUACGGGAAUGGCGUAUCUCGAGCGGCACUGAGACCCCUGGGUUGCGACUUGACUCGCGAGACAACGCGGUGUUUGGACAAGACCUUGCAUUCUUGUGAACCGGAUGUGAAGCAGGUCCUACUGAGUUACUACGCACUCUUCACUGCCCGGAAGUGCAUCGUGAAAACAGUUGCCAAACCUUCAAUCACGAUCACGAUCAACAAGGAUCCAAUCACGAUGCGGUGUGCAAAGGAGUCCGCUAAACUGGCUAAACUGGACGGCGCCGCGCCCAAGACUCUCCGUGAGGGAGUUAUAAGGGGGAUGAGAGUCGACUGCCAGACUUACGAGGCUCGAUUCAAGUGUUACGAACGAGAGCUGAAGUUUCCCAAUGGCUUCUGGGAUACAUGGCUAAGGUAUACAUUUGACCUUCAGAAUGGCCUUGAAGGUCACCGAGAGAUGUGCCCUAGAAUUGAAGACAUCAUACAGCAGGUGACCCUCGACUGUUUCAACAUUUCUGAACCGUUCAUACGCAACUGUGAGAACACGUUUGCUACUACAGCUAACGACAUGAAGACCGAUCCAACGUUUAAUGAGACGGAUAUCGGAGAAGCAGCCUGCAAUGCGUCAAUCGUGAAGGCUGAAUGUUACAAGGAGGCGUUUCUCAACUGCAAUCCUAACCUUGCUGACAUCAUGGCUCAGACUGUCCUUCGACCGCUACCAGCGGAAUGCCGAGACAUAGGACUACCGGGAAUUGGAGUUAUCUCCCUUAAUGUUACGGACACCAAAGCAAUCGAUGUCAAAACUACAGAUACGAAGACGUUAACAGACACAGCUCCAGUAUCCGCGGAGACGUUGAUAGGAACCGUUAGUCCCACAGAUGGCGCCACUGUCAAUAAAACCUCCAAUGUGUCGUAUUUGUUGCUAAUAAUUCUUUUUCAUAUGGUUUCUUAGACAAAAAGAACGCACACCAUUGAUGUCUUUAUCGUGGAUAUAUUGGUUAAAUACUGGCAUAAUUAACUGGAAUUAACCAGCUGACGUUGACCUACAUUCAAUGAGUAGCAUAUGUUAUAUUUGCUCUGUAUGGGAAUGGGAAUGUCCUGAUAUUGAAGGUUAGAUUCACUCAUAAGUCAUACUCUAAAAAAACCAACGUACAUGAUACAUAAAAGCGACUUUUCUGGUUCAGGUGGGUUAAUCAG